AUGGCCGGCAAGAAGGAGAACACCAAGAAGGUCGCGGGCAACGCCCGUAAGGCGGAAGCUGCUGCUCAAAAGCAGGCCGCCGAUGACGCCCGCCAACAAGCUGAUGAGGCCGAUAAGUGGUCAAAGGGCGCCAAGAGCAACGCCAAGAAGGAAGCCCAGGAAGCUAAGGCGGCUGAGGCUGAGAGGAAGAAGGCCGAAAAGGCUGCUCUAGCGGCCGAAGACGAUGCCAAUACUCCUGCAAAGGCCCCUAAGAAAUCCAAGGCCCCCGUUAAAAAGUCGCGUGGUCUUGACCUCGGCCAGCUUGACGGCGAUGACAGCAAGCCCUCCGCCAUUAGCGCAACCGGUAUCGACAACGCUCUCGACGCACUGUCCCUGGCCGGGGGCAAGGACGACAGCAAGGUCGACCGACAUCCCGAGCGACGAUUCCCUGCCGCGCUCGCUCAGUACCAGGAGCGACGACUCGAGGAGAUGAAGAAGGAUGGUAGCGGAGUUGGCUUGCGCCUGGAUCAGAGGAAGACCAGAAUCAGGAAAGAGUUCGAGAAGCACCCCGACAACCCUUUCAACCAGGUGACCGCCUCGUACAACGCUACGAGAGACGAUGUGGCAACGAUUCGGGAACAAGAGAAGGCCAAGAUCGAGAAGCGACUCGGACAGUAA